UAACAAACUGGUGCUAGAGGUAUUGUUAUCUCUGAGAAUUCCUCUUUAAUGGGGCCUAAUCUUGUAACAGAAGCACCUGAAGGUGAAGAUGACAGAAAAUUUAGUUCUCCACAGCUACUGCAUCCAUAUUCUGACAAGGGAAGUUAUGAUCACGUCCAUAAAAGGGGCAAAUCAUAUAAAGGGAAAGUCAAUCAAGAUGGUUUUGAUUGUGAUAUGGAAGAACAUACUUCAGUUUUCAGCAACCAACAUGAUUUAGGAAAUGGUUUGGCUGAUGUUAUAAGUGAUCCUAUUCGUCGAACACGAUCUAUAAGGAUGAAGACAACUUCUGAGGAGCCCAGCACUUCAAACAGAAGGAUUAAAAUUCGCGGGGUCCAAAGUUCCAGGGGCAAAUCUGAUCUGGAAGACACUUCUAUCAAAGUGUCUGAUCAACUCCAUCGAAGAACAAGGACUACCAGAAGCAGGCGUGGUGAAUAUUUUGCCAAUGACCCUGGUACUUUAACCCGAAGGAUGUCAAAUCACCAUGUCAAAAAAUUGUCAUGGCUGAUGCUCUCUGAGAUUGAAGGGGGUUACCGGUAUAUUCCUCAACUUGGUGAUGAAGUUGUGUACCUGAGACAGGGCCAUCAAGAAUACAUGGAGUCAUGUUCGUCAUCUGAAUCAGGUCCAUGGAGAUUAUUCACAGGACUAAGUGCUUGUGAAAUUUGCAAGGUUGAAGAGCUAGAGUAUGCGGAGCUCCCAGGCUCUGGGGAUAGCUGUUGUAAGCUUAAACUUAGAUUUGUGGACCCUUCUUCAAAUAUGUAUGGAAAAUCAUUUAAAUUAACUCUACCUGAAUUGAUUAACUUCCCUGAUUUUGUUGUUGAGAAAACAUGGUAUGAUACUGCCAUGAAGAGAAAUUGGUCUUCAAGAGAUAAAUGCAUGGUCUGGUGGAGAAAUGAAGAUGGGAAAGGUGGAAAUUGGUGGGAUGGUCGAAUUAUUUCAGUUCAGGCCAAAUCUCAUGACUUCCCUGACAGUCCCUGGGAAAGGUAUCUUAUCCAGUACAAGAUUGAUCCAUCAGAGAAUCAUAUGCAUAGUCCGUGGGAACUAUGUGAUCCCGAGAUUCUAUUGGAGCAUCCCCACAUUGAUCAUGAAAUCAGAGAUAAGCUGCUGUCCUAUUUCACUAAAUUAGACCACAGGGAGAAGUUUGAUAUCCAAGCACUGAAACACGUAGCUGAGAAAUUAGAGUUUUCAAACAGGUACUAAAAGUUUCUGUGUAGAAAGGCACAGAGCACUGGUAUGCCAGUGGUAUUUUUAUGCAGGCAGGCCUGUUCCGGCAAUUUCCGUGCCUUGAAAUCAAGUACACAAAAAGUAAAAAAGAGAAAGCGACAGUUUAAAUACGUGAUCUUAACUGGAAUGACUACUAUCGAAGUGUGGAAGGUGUCAAGCAUGAUAUACUGGUAAUGUUAGCAAAUGCCGAAGACUUCUUUACAAUCACAAAAAAUGGUCAGCUGUUGAGCAACAUCAAGAGAAUAUCAGAAUGGUUUAGAAGGAAACUUGAAAGGAUAUAGAAAGCCCAAAUUGGGAUUUAUAGGUUUCUUCUAACAUUGUUUUUCAUUCUUUAAUCCAAUUUUGGAGAAUUAGUUGGUAUUUAAGUUGGUCUUAUAGAAUGGAGGCCAUAGGUGGUGGUAAAUAUCAGCUGUCACAUGUGUAUAUAUCUACUAACUCAUCCUUUUUAAUGCCAAGUAUCUUUAUGAGGCACAUCUUCGG